AUGAAGGGGACUCUGCUUCUGCUGGCCUUGCUGGUGACUGGGGAGCUGGGCUUCCAGACAAUGGAAGCAUGCGUGACUUUCUAUGAAGCCUUCAGUGCAGUGGUCCUUGGAAACAAGCAAGCAUUGAACAUCAUCCUUAACAAGUUUAACCCCACUGCCAACGAAUGGGAAGCUUUUGAAAAAAUCCAGGAAUGUUACAAUGAGGGAAGAUUGAAAAGCAAACUCCUGGAUAUGAGAGUUAUGUUAACUUCCCCCCUAACCCCAAUCCCCCAUGCACACAUGGUGCCAUGCUGUGUACAAUAUGAAAUCACCGUCAACAUGCAAGGACUACUAAGCUAA